ACGUAGCAGAUGUAAAAUAAUCGGUUUCGGCAAAGUGGACAUGUGUAACCCGAGUGAAUAAGAAAAAAAAUCAGUGUCCUUUGUAUUAUAAUUAUCGGAUAAAGUGUUGUGAAAAUAUAGGAUUACGAUAUUUCUACAAAUUCCAAUGGAUACCUCAGGAUUAUCUCCGUUGGCUGAUUUGGAUUCCAAUUCUACAGGAUCGGAUGGUGUGACCCAAUCUUUGAAUAACUUUGGAACAAAUCAAAGUUUAUAUUUGUCACAGAAUGGCUAUCGGGACGCUACCAACUCAAUGAAAACGUUAUUCUUCUCAGAGAAGCUGCAGGAAUUCACAGAUAAAGACUACGAGAGAAAGUAUAACGAAAAUGUAUAUCCUAUUAAAGUUCAGUCACAAUCUGAGGUGGUUUAUUACACAGGUAAGGUAGUGAAUGAACUGCAGCCAACAAAUGCACGAGACGGUACUAACAAUGGUUCAUUUCUUCAAAAUAUCCCACCUCAAUUAAAUAACAAUGAGGUGGAUAGGAAAAUAUUGAGCUUUAGCCCAGAACAAAUCCAGUGCAUGUGUGAAGCAUUGCAGCAACAAGGUGAUGUAGAGAAAUUAGCAACAUUCCUGUGGAGUAUUCCUCAGAAUGAUCUAAUCAGUAGCAACGAAAGUUUGCUUAGAGCUAGGUGUUUAGUUGCAUAUCAUCGUGGUGCUUUUCACGAGUUGUAUGCCCUAUUGGAGUCACACUUCUAUUCUCCUAAAUAUCAUCCGGACCUUCAAAAUUUAUGGUUCAAAGCGCACUAUCGUGAAGCAGAGAAAGUGAGAGGUAGACCGCUCGGUGCAGUAGAUAAGUACAGAUUGCGCAAGAAAUACCCUCUACCGAAAACGAUUUGGGAUGGAGAGGAGACCGUUUACUGUUUUAAGGAGAAAAGCCGUAAUGCCCUGAAGGAUUGCUACACAAGAAAUAGAUACCCAACACCAGAUGAGAAAAAAACACUUGCCAAGAAAACUGGACUCACGCUGACUCAAGUGUCUAACUGGUUCAAAAAUAGGAGACAACGGGACAGGACACCACAAGCUAGGCCGGAUAUGAUGAUGCCAGUCCUUCCAGUUACUACCGCCCAGAUGGAUGGAAGCUAUCAGAGGCUGUUUAACGUGGCCAAUUACGGAGGACAUGCUUAUCAUGCAAAUGAUAUGUACGCGGUCCAGUGAAAGUGUUCAUCAUCAUCGAACAUACGACAUUAGCUUGUGCCCAGUGUAUAAUUUCGUGGAACCGCGCAGGAAGAUCGCAAAAUUGGGUCUUUUAUCGAGCAACAACUUCAUUCAUUUUAGGAAUAAUUGCAGACUGUGCAAAAUUAUUAACAGAAUACAAAGAACAUUGUGAUAGGCGGUCGAAUUGUUUUAAUCAAUCAUUUCCGUUGUAAAUAGUAGCAUUAGGUCUGAAAAUUGAAAUAAAGUGUAAGAUAAAAGUAA